AUGACAUUCGGCGAAGAUUCCCGUCCUCUGGACCGCGACGCCCCAGAUGAUGCUUCAGCACUCAAGGCCCGCAAAGCAUGCAUAAACUGCCGGAAGCAAAAGAUGAAAUGCGUCCUCCAGGGUAGCAGUGAAGCAUGUCGUCGAUGUCGCCGAGCAGGACUUCCUUGUGUGUUUGUGCCCAGAGCGAAUGCAGCUCAGUUACCCUCGCUCUCAGGGACUCUGGAUCUAGACUUCAAGAACAAUGUCCUAUCUAGGUUAAAGGUUGUCGAGGAAAGACUAUCCAUUGUAGCUGAUGGUGAUAUGGAUUUUGGUGCUGUGGGAAUGUUCUCUGCUGUUUCCGAGCAGUCACCAGAGCCAACCCCCGAUGGACCACUCUGGAAUGCGAUUGUACUCCUACAGAGGUGCUCCCCAGCCGUGCCACCAUCGAUUUGGCAACGUGAUACUAUUGAGUCGCUCUGGUCCUCCUUUCAUGACAGGAUGCCAGGGCUGCAUUUCAUGCCCGACAAGCAAACAUUUUCGACGCCGCAGCCAAUCCUACUUGCAUCCAUUCUCUACUGUUCAAGCAGUCGUGGGCCACCGGACGUGUUAGAAAUUGCUCCCCAAUUCUUCACCGUUUUAUGCAACGCCAUCGCUCAACUGAGCAUACCCAGCAGUGAGAUUGGGACGCCUCGAGAGUCAACUGUCUCCCAAGAGGAGUGGGCUUUCCAGACUGUCCUUGGUAUAGUCCUUGCUGGUUUGCUGACAGAGGGUAAUAUAAAGGAAACUGGAAACUGGAUUGCCAUUGGCUACCGGCUGAUGCUGGACUAUUGCCCUGCUCAUGUUGAUGACACGUCAAGAGAAUGGCGCAAACUAUUCAGCGGCAUUCAGAUCGUUGACUUGGAGCACUCAUCGAUUUAUCUGUCCUGUCCAGUGAUUCCCAUUGAAGCACCGCUUCCAAUUUUACGCAUGUCACCACUGGAUCAGUUAUACAAGCUUUCCCGUAUGAUGCAUACCGGGUUGAGUCACUUUACUGGGCGAAGAUUACCAACUAUCUGGUCCUGCUUCCAGGAAUCUAGCCUGAGCUACCAUGGUUCAGCCACAAGUUUCACUGCCAUUGAUGGAAUACUUAUCAAAGAUUGGGCAAAGCAACUAGAUGACUGGCUUCAGGAGUUCAAGGGGAAGAUGACAGAACCUGAUGACCAAAGCAGCAAGUUGGUUCUUCGUCAAUAUGUCCUGCAUCGACUACUUGUGCUAUCAAUCUACCAUCCUGCUAGAAGCGGCAAUCUUUGGGCGCAUAGCAUAACGUCAAAUGAGCAGGAAGAGCUCCUCCUGUCAGCGAGGGCGACUCUAAAGCUUCACCAGCAUGAUGACUCCAUCUGGGCUAACUGGGACUUGAUCAUGAUAACGUGGGCGGCAUUGAUCGUUCUGCAAGGAUUACAAGGGGGAGUGGGAGAGAUAGAUGGUAAGCAUUAUCGUAUAUGUUCGGUUCAAGCGCUAACCGUUUUCUAG